UUCAUGCUUUAAACCCCCAUUUUCUCAUGCUCUCGUACUGAGACUCUUCCUCACUCCCACCCCCCUCUCUCUCUCUCUCCCUCUGAAUAGUUCUCCAUUGUCUUUUUUUGGUGGGAGAUCCAUGGCGGAGCACGAGCCCGACUCCCUCAUUGAGAAGAUCACCGAUAAGAUCCACGGACAUCAUUCGUCGUCAUCUUCGGACUCCGAUGAUGACAAGCCAUCCAAAGUUGAAGCCGUUCAAGCUAAGAUCUUCAGGCUCUUCGGUAGAGAGAAACCCGUCCACAAGGUCUUCGGUGGUGGAAAACCUGCUGAUGUUUUCCUAUGGAGGAACAAGAAGUUGUCUGCAGGUGUCCUUGGUGGUGCCACCGCAUUGUGGGUCCUCUUCGAGGUUCUUGAAUAUCAUUUAAUAACUUUGGUUUGCCAUAUAUUGAUACUUUCUGUGGCUCUUCUUUUCCUGUGGUCCAAUGCCUCUACCUUCAUCAACAAGUCUUCACCACAAAUCCCAGAAGUUCAAAUUCCCGAGAAAUGUGUCCUAGAGGUUGCUUCUGGGCUGAGAGCUGAGAUAAAUUAUGCAUUGUCUAUCUUGAGGGAUAUUGCAUCAGGGAAAGACUUCAAAAAGUUUCUUGGUGUUGUUGCCGGCAUGUGGGUUCUCUCAAUUGUUGGGACAUGGUGCAAUUUCAUGACUCUAUUCUACAUAUUAUUUGUCUUGCUGCACACGGUGCCAGUGCUCUACGAGAAGUAUGAAGACCAUGUUGACUCAUUCGGUGAGAAGGCAAUAGCUGAGUUUAAGAAGCAAUAUGCAGUUUUUGACGCUAAGGUAUUGAGUAAAAUCCCAAAAGGUCCAUUGAAAGAAAAGAAGACUGAUUAGAAGCAUCAGAUGAGGUAGUAUUAACUAGGUUGAUGUUGUUGACAUUGGGUAACUAUGACCCAUCUGUUUCCCAUUAGGUUCCCCUGUUUCUGCUUUUUCUCUUCAUAAUUGUUUGGGUGCACACAGUUUAAUAUAAUAUGUAAUCCAUUAGUUAUUUACAAUUUAAAUUGGAACUUUUUUUCAUGCUUUAAAGAGCCUGCAAUAUGGAAGAGCGGGGAGGAAUUGUAGAAGUAGCAAUGUAGCAGCUUGUUUUCUCAUAUCAAGAAUUGAACUAUUCAAUGCAAACACAUUAUUUAUCGCCGUCA